AGUUUGCUUCAGUUCCUGCUUCCGGACCGGCGAGGCGGUAAACUGGGGUCACGUGCCCCCCCGCGCGGACACGAGGGCGCUGGGUCCGGGACUGGGGUGUUAGUGAACCCGAAGGUCUGGCUCAACCCUGGAGCUUUUGUGGGGACGACCGCCCUCCUUUCCUCCCCUGCCCCAGUCGGGUCGGCAGCCGCCAAGACAGAGCAAGGCCAGAGCGAGGAGCUGUCGGAGGAUGGGGCAGUGAUGGGAAGAAAGCCUGCAGGUCGCCUUGAAGGCCUGUGGCCAGGCCACAGUCCCUCCAGCCAUGGCAAUCGUCCAGACUCUGCCUGUGCCCCUGGAAGCCAACCCUGAGAACACGGUUUCACACCCACCCCACCUGCCCACCAUGGGCAGUGUGAGUAGCCUUAUUUCAGGCCGGCCCUGCCCUGGAGGAGGGCCUGCACCCUGCCACCAUGCUCCCUCUGGACCUCCUUUUUUUCGGCAGCAGGAUGGGCUACUGCUUCGAGGGGGUGGUUGUAGGGCCCAAGAACCACUGUGCCCCCCAGUACCCACCAGAAAGCCUGUGGGAAAUACUGGCUUUGCAUACAUCAAUGAGGACUUCCGGGGAGACUCACCCUCCAGCCCCUGUAGUGACACUGAGGAUGCCCGGGAGCAGCAAGCCCGAAGCGCCCAUCUCAGGGGACCACCUCCAAAGCUCAUCCCUGUGUCUGGAAAGUUGGAGAAGAACAUGGAGAAGAAUCUGAUCCGGCCUACAGCCUUCAAACCUGUGCUGCCCAAGCCUCGGGGGCCACCAUCCUUGCCAGCAUUCCUGGGGCCACGGGCUGGUGUUGGGGGGAUGUCAGGGAGCCAGGGUAGUCUGACCCAGCUGUUUGGGGGCCCUGCUUCCUCCUCUUCCUCCUCUUCUUCAUCCUCUGCUGACAAGCCUCUGACCCUCAGCGGUUGGGCCAGUGGUUGCCCCUCAGGGACACUGUCUGACUCUGGCCGAAACUCACUGUCUAGCUUGCCUACUUAUAGCACAGGGGGAGCUGAACCAGCUGGAGGCUCUCCAGUAGGGCACCUAUCUACUGAUGGCCCUGGUAGAGGAGUGCUACCUGGCACUGGGGGCAGCCACCGUGGGGUCCCCAUGGGUCCCUCGCACUCAGACAGUGGGCGUUCAUCAUCCAGCAAGAGCACAGGAUCCCGGGGAGGCCUUCUCAGUGGUGGGGGUACUCGGGUCUCUCCAGACAGUGGUUCUUGUGGGGAUCGAUCACCUCUACCUGGCCCGCCCCCACCUCCCCCCCCACCCCUGCCAGAUGAGUCUCUGCUGCGAUGUGCUCUGCAGGAGAAACUUCGGGAACGUGAGGCAGAACUGCAACAGCUUCGGGACAGCCUGGAUGAAAACGAGGCUGCCAUCUGCCAGGUCUAUGAGGAAAAGCAGCGACGCUGGCAGCGGGAGAGGGAGGAGCUCCAGGAGGGCUGUGUAGCCCAGGUGAAGCAGGCAACCCAGAGGGCCCAGCGGGCCCAGCAGCUGCUGCAACUGCAGGUGUUCCAGCUGCAGCAGGAAAAGCGCCAGCUGCAAGAUGACUUUGCACAGCUGCUGCAGGAGCGAGAACAACUGGAACGACGGUGUGCGGCCUUUGAGCGGGAGCAGAGUGAGCUCGGUCCUCGACUGGAGGAAACCAAGUGGGAGGUAUGCCAGAAAUCAGGGGAGAUCUCCCUGUUGAAGCAGCAGCUAAAGGAAUCCCAAGCAGAGCUGGUUCAGAAGGGCAGUGAGCUGGCAGCACUACGAGUGGCCCUUAGGGAAGCCCGGGCCUCCCUAAGGGCCAGUGAGGGGCGAGCUCGGGGGCUGCAGGAGGCUGCCCGGGCUCGGGAACUAGAGCUUGAGGUCUGCACUCAUGAGCUACAACGGAGAAAAAGUGAAGCUGAAUGGCUCCGAGAGAAGGCCGGACAGUUGGACAUGGCUGUGGCAGGACUUCGGGGGGCCCCAGAAACUAUGCCCACCCCCGACCCCUUCUUGCUGUCAGAGAGCGAUGAGGCCAAAGCCCAGAGGGCGGCAGCAGCUGGGGCUGGGGGGAGCCUUCGGGCCCAGGUGGAGCGGCUGAGGGCUGAGCUGCAGCAGGAGCGGCGUCGGGCCGAGGAGCAGCAGGGAAGCUUUGAGAGUGAGCGCCUGGCCUGGCAGGCGGAGAAGGAGCAAGUCAUUCGCUACCAGAAGCAGCUGCAGCACAGCUACAUCCAAAUGUACCGGCGCAAUCGGCAGUUAGAGCAAGAGCUGCGGCAGCUGAGUCUGGAGCUGGAGGCCCGGGAGCUGGUAGACUACAGCCUGCCCGAAACCCCACCCUGUGUCCACUUGGAGGAGAUCACAGCCACAGAGAUCUGAAGAUUCAUAGGUUAGAGGAGUCAAGAGGCAGGGGAUGGGAAUCAGCUGGGGGGGGGGGGGGGGGCCUGCAUUGAGGGACUCUUCCCUUUCCACCUUUCUUUGCCCUGGAUGAGUGCAGGGAUAAGUGUCUGGGCCAGCAUUUCAGUAGAGCUAAUGGCCUCAUGUGAUUAUUGGUAGUGUGAGCUCAAGCAUGCUCAUUCAUGCCCUUUCCGAGGGAGGUCUGAAGACCAUUCCCCCACUCCAAAUCUACCCAAGCUUUGAGGCCCUAAGGAUUCCACACCACAGAGAGAGAAGGCUCCCUUUUCCCCUUCUCCCCGAAGUAUGUGCCUCCCCUCCCUGUCCAGGGCUAAAGGAGAAGGGACCUGGGGUGAAGAUGCCUUGGUUCUCCCUCAGGUUCCUCUUUCUGGAGCCCCAUUUCAUAGCCCCUUGUGUGACCAGGAGCUGCCUUCAGACCAAAGGAAGAACUCAGACUUCUCAUUUAUUUGUGUUUGUUACUAUUCCGGUCUCUAACAUCAUCCCACCCUCUUUCCUGAGUUUAUGGCAUCUUUAAAAUUGUAUAUUUUUCACACGUGUAAAUUUCUUGUACAAACCCAAAGAAAAAAAUUAAAAAAAAAUUUUUUUUGUUUAUAAGAAAAAUAA